GGGGCCUCAGCAGGGCUGCAGGUGCAGAUGCCUUUUGUUUUUCUGUUAAGGAGUAGAGGGUGGAGGUGGUGAGGAAGGAGAGGGAGAGGGUGCUGGAUUCCCACUCAGAGCUCAUCUUGCACAGGCACCCGCAGUGGAUGCUGGGUGGGAGAUGGUCCUGGGACCUCUUCUUCAGGAGAGAGAGAAAUAUCCCUGUCAUUAGUUGUUAGGAUUGUAGCCAGUUGUUACUCGUUGCUAGUUGUUGUUGCUAUAGGUAAUGAAUUUAGGAGGGGUUCUCGGCUGCUUGUGGCUGGACCUCUGAAUGGAAAGCCGCCUCAGUCCAGGCCUUCAUUCAGGAUUUUUUUUCACCGUUUAUUUUAUCUUAUUUUAUGAUGGAGUCUCCCUCUGUCGCCCAGGCUGCAGUGCAGUGGUGUGAUCUUGGCUCACUGCAACCUCUGCCUCCCAGGUUCAAGCGAUUCUCCUCCCUCAGCCUCCUGAGUAGCUGGGGCUACAGGCACAUGCCAGCACGCCCAGCUAAUUUUUGUAUUUUUGGUAGAGACUGGGUUUUACCAUGUUGGCCAGGUUGGUCUCCAACUCCUGACCUCAUGAUCCACCUGGCUCAGCUUCCCAAAGUGCCAGAAUUAGAGGCGUGAGCCAUGGCGCCCACCUUCACUGUUCUUUUGAGGUCAUGAAAGAGGUGCCUGGAAGGAAAUAGGUGGAACGAUUCCAAGAAGACGGGCACCACAUUUUCAGGGGUCAGAGCUGGGACUGAGUAUCCAGGAUCUCAGGGCCCUGUCUCCCUCAGCCAGUCAGUGAGUGAGCCAACAAAAACGUGCAGAGGUCCUGAUAUGUGCCAGGCACAAGAUACAGCAGUGAGCAAGACAGGCAUGGCUCUGUCCUCAGGUAAAUGACAGUCUAACUGCAGCAGUGUGAAGCAUUUCAGAUCCUUGUUGGCCACUGCUGGAGAAGGUCCAUUUGUCUCCCCGGGAGGCUCAAUAUUGCCUGUGAGUCAAUUAUAUUAUUAUUAAUAACUAGCCCUUAUUGAGCACAUACGAUGUGUGAGGCACCAAGCAAACAUCCUUGUUUGAAUCUUUACAUGGGACUAACGAAAUAAGGCUCUGAAAAAUUUCAUGGCUGGCCCAGGCCCCACAGGUAGGCAGUAUUGGACCCAGGAUUCAACUCUUUGGCUGAGGUCUCUAAGGCCCAGCCUCUCACUGGCAAGAAGCUGCUGGAUCUCGUGUCCCCAGUUGCCCAGCGAAGGGUCCUGAGAAAGACCAGCCUCCAUGAGAAACCUAGCUGCUAUGGCUUGUGCUAUGGGGCUGAUGGCUUCUCUCAGGGAGCUUUGGGAUGUAGCAGUUUUUAGGUGGUGAGUAAAUGUAGUUGCAUUGUGAGUAGGGACUCUAAAGUUCCGGCUGCCUUUUCCAUAUUCUCUGCCAGCUCCCUGCUGAGAGAUACAGCAAUUUACACCUGCUUCCUUCCUAACCUACUCCUAGCCCACCCCCACCCUGACAGUCUCCCGUCAUCAACGGCAGAAAGCAGAGAAGCAGACAUCUUCUAGUUCCUCCCCCACUCUACUUUUUCCGGUACCUAGAGUCAGUUGGGGGAGGGCAGCUCUCACCCAGGCUGUUAGUUCGGUGACCUGGCUUUAUCUACUGGAUGAGUUCCGCUGGGAGAUGGAACGUAGCAUGUUUCUGUCUGGCCUGGUACUGGUUACCCUUCUCCCCCAAGUGAGCCCCUUCAAGAUACCUGUAGAGGAACUUGAGGACAGAGUGUUUGUGAAUUGCAAUACCAGCAUCACAUGGGUAGAGGGAACAAUGGGAACACCGCUCGCAAACAAUACAAGCCUGGACCUGGGAAAAGGCAUCCUGGACCCACGAGGAAUGUAUCAGUGUAAUGGGACAGAAAAAUAUGCCGGCAAAGUAUCUACCGUGCAAGUUUAUUAUCGAAUGUGCCAGAACUGUGUGGAGCUGUAUCCAGCCACCCUGGCUGGCAUCAUUGUCACUGAUGUUAUUGCCACUCUACUUCUCGCUUUGGGAGUCUACUGCUUUGCUGGACAUGAGACUGGAAGGCUCUCUGGGGCGGCUGACACACAAGCUCUGCUGAGGAAUGACCAGGUCUAUCAGCCCCUCCGUGAUCGAGAUGAUGCUCAGUACAGCCGCCUGGGAGGAAACUGGCCUCGGAACAAGUGAACCUGAGACUGGUGGCUUCUAGAAGCAUCUGUUAUCGACUAUAUCUUUCCUUCUUAGUUCAGCCAAUAAAUAUAACCUCUUUUACUU